AUGAAGAAGAACAUCAAAAAGGAGCGUGAGCAAAAGAAAAGAGAGCAGAAAACCAGAGAAGAGGAAGAAGAGAAAAGAAAAGAGGAGGAAGAACGACAACAGAAGAAGUGGGAACAUGAACGAGAAGCUUUGGAGACAAAAAUCAGGUCAGAAUCAGAAGAAAAGGAGACGAUUGACAGAAAACUGGAAGAGAGCAGAAAAGAGAUGGAAGAAAGACGGAAAGGCUGGGAGAAAGAACGAAAAGAGUGGUGGGAAAACCGACAACGAGAAGAUGAAGAGAGACGUCAAGAGGAGGACAUAAAGCUAGAAAAGCUUCAAGAGGAACUUAAACAGGAGAGAGAAAAUUAUGAAAAGAAAAGAAAAGAAGAUGAUAAAAAAAUAAAAGAACAGCAGAAAGAAAAACAAGAAUUAGAGAAAAACUACAAGAAAAUAAUGGAGGACAUGAAGAAGAAACAUGAAGAGGAGGCCAGAAGACAAGCUGAAGAACUGAAUGAUUUCCAAAAGAAAAACAAAGAUCUGGAAACUCUGAUGAGGAAACGUAACGAGGACCUGAAGGAACUGAAGGACCUGAAGGAGAAAUAUGAGGAAAAGCGUUGUACCAUCUCCUGA